GGUAAAUUGACCCUGUAUAUUUUUCUCUUUAAGGAAAAGGAGAGACUGUCUGUCUUGGAGAAGAGAUACCAGAGCCUGACUGGUGGAAAGACUUUCUCCAAGCCUGCCAGCACAAAGGAGGAAGUGCUUUACAUCAGUGAACCUGAUCUUUUAGAUGAACUCCCUACCCAGAUUUCUCUGCUCCCCUCGUCUUGUUGUCAAAGAUCCACCCCUCAGAUAUAUUCUAACAGGCCACAGGAGGAGUAUCUCAAACUCUCUGAUGUAUAUAAGAUGUAUGGAAACGGAUGUAUCCCCGCCCAGACUGCCUUCCCUAACGCUCUUUGUCUACCGCUGGCUGUAACAUCAGACACACCUCGUGAGGAGUAUGUGACAGUCAGUCAGUUAAACCAGCUUUUCGGGAUGCCCAAAGUUGACCCCUCCCCCACAUCUUCAGUCCAGUCAUUCCAAGCUAUUGUCGCUGACCCUGUCAACUCCAGCCACACAUCCCAGUGUGACUCCACCCAGUCACUUCAUGUUGAGACCCAGCCUGCAUGGAUUAGGCCUUCAAUCCCCAGGUUAGAUUCAGAGCACUGGUACCAGGAAAUUAUGGCAGCUGGGGAGCCUAGUCAUGCCUCUCCUCCCCCUCUGCCAGCUAAGUGUAUCUCCUCACGUAAACCUAUGCAGAUCUAUAAGCAGGACGGUGAGCUGGGACAGACCAAUGGCACCUUUACACCCCCGCCUUCCAGCAUGACUACAUCAGGAAGAAACACACCCACCAAAAGUCUCCCAGAUCUGUCUCCUGCUUAUUUGGAUUUAGACUCCAAGAGACAGUUGGAUCAACAGGGCAGAGGGCUCUAUACAUGUGAUGAUUCCAGAAUCAGGCCUACGGAUCCUAAACAGAGCCACUGGGGGGCACCACAGGUCUCACACUCCCCUUUCCCACCUUCAGGUGCUCCCAUGGUACACCACUCCAUUCUGCACCACCACGCACCCCCAGCUGGAGAGUCAAUGUAUGACACUCUGAGUUUGGAGAGCUCUGACAGCGUGGAGACCAGCGUAUCUACCGGCAACAACUCUGCCUGUUCACCUGAAAGGUGAGGCAGUUGUCAAGGGAACCCUUCGUUCUACUUCC